UUUUAGGAUCGAACCAUAGAUUAAUACACACACAUUUUUUUAUUUUUGAAAAGAAAACGGCCGACAAAAAAGCGGGGGCAUUUAUAUUUGGAUCUCAUUUUUUUCACGAUCAUUCAAACAAAAGAGUAGAUCCAACAACACUAUCGAUUGAUGUCUGACGAAAUUGAAAAGAUCUCGGUACAACAAGUGGAGCAUGGCGAAGCUACUCAAGCAUUGAAUGCUGAUGAACUUUUACUACAAAAGCUGGGUUAUAAGCAGGACUUGAACCGUUCCAUUUCUGCUUUUUCAAAUUUUGCUAUUGCAUUUUCAUGUUGUUCGGUACUUUCAGGCUUAACGCCCAUGUGGGGAGACUCCAUGAUGGACGCAGGUUCAUUAGGCGUUAUUUGGGGUUGGGUCAUCACAGGCUCGUUCACCAUGGUCGUGGCUUUAUCAUUGGCUGAAAUUUGCAGUGCUUAUCCUACCACGGGGGGUCUCUAUUUUUGGGUAUCGCGCUUGGCUACCUCCGAAUGGAUGCCUUUAGCCUGUUGGGUGACAGGUUGGUGUAACUGGAUCGGUCUAUGCUGUAAGUGUGUGUGUGUGUGUGGUUUUCCCUCUCCCGUAGUAGUCGAUGGACGAUGAUGACCACUCACCCUUUGCUUCUUUUUUCCAUGUGUGGUUAGUUGGUAUCUCUUCUGUUGAUUUAGGUCUUUCUCAGUUUAUUGCGGGUGUCAUUUCCGUCUUUAAUCCAGAGGUGGAACUCUCAGUGUAUGCUCAAUAUGGUAUCUUUGUCGCUAUUCUUAUUAUUCACGGCAUCCUUAACUCUGUUGCGGUCAGUUGGAACGGUAUCAUGAACCAAGGAGCAUUCUUUGCCAAUAUGUUGGGUAUUUUAUUGAUCGUCAUUGU